AUGACGACAGAUCACGAAAAAGAUUACGUUCCAACUGAUAAUUGGCUGCAGAUUGUCAAGAAUAACCGACGGAAAAAGGCUGCUGAGAACGCAGUCAAGUUAAAAGAGGCGAUUGCCAAAUGGAAUCCAGAUGACGACCCUCAAGUUCGAGGAGAUCCUUAUAAAACACUGUUUCUUUCAAGAUUGCAUUACGACAUUGUUGAAAAGGAUCUGGAAGAAGUGUUCUCGCGGUACGGCAUUUUAGAACGGAUCCGUCUAGUACGAGAUCAAGAAGGAAAAUCCAGAGGGUAUGCUUUCAUUGUUUUUGAACGAGAAAGAGAUAUGAGGAUAGCUCAUAAAGAAAAUUUAGGAUUGACGUUGAAAGGACGACGUGUGGUGGUAGAUGUCGAGAGAGGAAGGACUACUAAAGGAUGGAAACCCAGGAAAUUGGGUGGUGGAAGAGGUGGCAGAGGAUACACUAAAGAAGAGCUUUUAAGGAGAAGAAGUGCACUCAGCCGGCCACUUGGAGAUGCUCCUAGUAACGGCAGAGACAGGAAUCGUGAUUCCAGAGGAGGUCGACCUGACAGAGGGCCCGACAGAGGCCAUGACCGAGGUUCGUAUCAUGAUCGAGACGGGCCGCCACCACGAAACGGGUCCGCUUCCUGGGACAAGAGAGCUGCCGAACGAGAAUACCGCGAUCGCGAACGUGCUGCUGCCAGAAACGAUUUCAGAGGAAACGACCGUUACCGCGACCGAGACAGGCCACGAGACCGCGACCCGGCCAGAUACUACGACCGCCGCGAACCACCACCACCGCCACCGCAUCGCGACCACAGACCGUACCGCGAACGGAGCCCUCCUCGCCAUUAUUAG